UCAAACAUCCUCACACAGUAAGUGUCUCUUACUGCAAUCUUUUAUCAUCCUCGGCGAUACAGGGAAGUUGUGUGCCCGAAAUGCCUGGUGAAGCCACCGAAACAGUCCCAGCCACAGAGCAGGAACUCCACCAGCCUCAGGCUGAGACAGUAACUUCUCCCUCAUCCUCUGGGGAGGAGCAUGUUGCUCCUGCAGAAGAAGUGGUGGCAGCGGAGGAGAAAAAGUCUGUUCUCCACAAUCCUGAAGUGACAAGUGAGGCUUCUCUGACGGAGACGGCACAGUCUGAGGCCGUUCAGGAGCAGUCAGCUCCAGAUGCUUGUUUGUCUACUGUUCCUGAACAUCCUGUACCUCAAGUUCCAGCCCUAACUGCGACCUCCCCUCCUCCUGAUGUGACUACUGUGCCUGUUGCGCCCAUUGCUCAAGUCACAGCGCCAGCCCCAACUACAACCUCCCCUUCUCCUAGUGUGAUUACGGCGCCUGUUGUGCCCAUUGCUGAAGUCACAGCUCCAGCCCCAACUACGACCUCCCCUCCUCCUAGUGUGAUUACGUCGCCUGUUGUGCCCAUUGCUGAAGUCACAACUCCAGCCCCACUCACGCACUCUACACCUGAUGUGACUACGGUGCCCAUUGCUGAAGUAAAAUCUCCAGUCCCAACUGUGACCUCCCCUCCUGAUUUGACUACGGUGCCUGUUAAGCCCAUUGCUGAAGUCACAACUCCAGCUCUAACUAUGAUCUCCCGUCCUAAUGAUGUGACUACAGUACUUGUUGCGCCCAUUGCUGAAGUCAUAGCUCCAGCACCAUCUAAGAUCUCCCCACCCUCUGAUGUGACUACGGUGCAUGUUAAGCCCAUUGCUGAAGUCACAGCUUUAGUUUCAAAUAUUAGCCCCCUUCCAUCUGAUGUACCCAUUGCUAAGCCAAAUGCACCAGCCCCAACUCCGACCUUCCCUCCUACUGAUGUGACUACUGUGCCUGUGGCACCUAUUGCUGAAGUCAAAGCUCCAGCCCAAACUACUACCUCCCCUCCUACUAGUGUGAUUAAGGUGCCUGUUGUGCCCAUUGCAGAAGUCACAACCCCAGCCCCACUCACACUCUCUUCUCCUCCUGAUGUGACUACGGUGCCUGUUGUGCCCAUUGCUGAUGUCAAAUCUCUAGCACCACCUAAGAUCUCCCCACCCUCUGAGGUGACUGCGCUGCCUUUUAAGCCCAUUGCUGAAGUCACAGCUCCAGCCCCAACAAAGAUCUCCCCUCCUACUGUGCCUGUUGCGCCCAUUGCUGAAGUUACAGCUCCAGUUUCAAAUGUUAGCCCCCUUCCAUCUGAUGUACCCAUUGCUAAGCCAAAUGCACCAGCUGAUACAGUUGAGCAAGUCCCUCAUUCUUUGCCUUCUCCAGACCUUGCUACCUCAAGCCCAGCAAAAGAGCUAAUCCCUUCUCCUGCUUUGCCAUCCCCGGACCCUUUACCUGCUGUGCAGCCUACUCCUGUCUCCCAGCCGCUUUCCUCCAAAUCGACCCCUGUUAUCCCUCCCACUUCUGCACCUCUGCUUGAUGCUGUUGAAGAGGAGGAACUACCACCCCUGAUUCCUCCAGAGAUUCCUGCUGAAGAGAUGUCCUUCCAGCCCGUCCUAGUGGAUCUUGUUUCUCCUAAACCAGCUACCAAAACUGCUGUUCCUGCAAAGGAGCCGGUGCUGAAGAAUAAUGGGUCUGGAACAGAGUCGGACAGUGAUGACUCACCACCAGAACUGGAACAAGACUCCUCUCAAACCACCACCCAACAGGCACAGCUUGUGUUUGCAUACAAAACAACUUGA